GUGAAAUCUCUGUGCACUAAUUCUGAAGUGUGUGCUGUGAUCAGGAUAUCGCUCUUUACUUCGCCAUAAAGAAACAAACGUCUCUUUUAUAAUUCUUGGCCUGAUACCGGAGUGGAAAAAUACACACACGUUUCCGUUUCUCGGGUCAGUGUGACUGUCCAUCUUUUUCUCACUGAAGGAACAUGAGACGAAAACAUGAGAUUGGCUGCAGGGAGUGAGUGCACGCGCUGUACCGGGUGUCCGCGUGCUAGAAGGCGGAUAAGCACUAUGCAGGGGCGCAGAGCGGUGCGGGGUCGCGCGCGUCACGUACUGCAGUAGAUACACGGAGAUUUGGUCAGAUAAACGCGCGCCGCUGAAUUUAUCACCUCCUCGUUAUAGCGCUACGCGUCGGAGCCGAUUCACCGGUGUACCGGGCUCGUACUCACUCCGGGUUUUUUUUUUUUUCUACAUAGAAAGCGAACGAGAGCGCCCCCACCCUUCCUCCUUCACGGUCACCCCCUCCCCCUCUCGCUACCGGAGAGGACCAAGAGGAAAAGAGAAGUCACUGGUCGCUCGAGGAGGACAGCCGAGCUGAGACCAGCCGAAGGACGCACGGCGGAGGCGGGAGAAUCAUGUGCACGUCCUCGCGUGCGGCUCACUGCGCCGACAACCGGAGCGCGGCCGGAAUGGGCGGCCGGAACCGUCGCCGUCGUCUUUCUACCACUGACGCUUCUUCCGUUUCUCUUGAUGGGAUUUUAUAACGCUCGAACACCGGAGUGCGCCUGAAGGAUGACACCUAAUCUGUGAAGAAACCGAGCAAACGAUCGAUUAUCGGGAUCCGUUUUCUUUUCUGUUCUUUUUGACAAGCUGUGAUUGCGAAGAAAUGAACAAUUUACCGUCACAUCUGUAUUUAUAAGGCCGGGAGGACUGCUGCCGGUAAUGUGUGCGGGUGAAGAGAGCGCGAGGCGUCGGGAGGCAGAAUGAGCAUCACUACACUGUACCGAAUAUUGCGGAUGUUUCGAAAUAAAUAAAUAAAUACACCGAUUUCUCCCCUUUUUCCCUUGAUAAGAAGAAGUGAACGGGGCGCACGAGAUUUGAUCAAAAUGCCGAGUUGGAAAAAUCGUUAAAGACCCGAACUGUUUUUGUAUCGAUUCAUAUGGUCAUAUUUUCAGGAUGAUCUGAAACGUUUAUGGCCUUUACAGCGCGAGCGGUGAAGAAGAGACCGUGUCCGUGUCCGAGCUGUCUAACGGAGGGACAGGCAUUCUCCCCCCUCUAAAACUCAUUAAGAUGGAGCCACAGAAAAGAUGAAGCUUUAUCGGACUUAAAAUUGGAGCCGAUGACGGGAGGUGAUGCUGGAUGUAGAAGUGAGGUGAAGAAGAACAGCCGAUUCUGAACUGAAGCGAGCAAGGAGACUGAACGACACGUUUUUGUUGUUUCUUUUCUUUUCCUUUUUGUGACUUUUGCUAAUCAAACCUCAGCGCUUGUCUCCCUUUUCAUUUCUCCUUUCAUUUUUCUUACAACUGAGAUAAACACACCGCGUAAAUCUCCGCGCGCCUCCGGUAUGUGAUGUGUGGGAUGUAAUGUGGUGUGGUCGUCGCGCGGAACCUUCACCCCCUUCAUCCCUCCCGCUUCGUGAAGACUGGCGUUCGGCGCGUGCAGAAUGGCGCGGUUCACAGACGAGGCGCCGGCCCGGUACGGUGGAGGUGGAGGUGGCAGUGCAGUGGCGCAUGCGCACGGGCAGGGCGGCGCGGCGCGCGGGGCCAGCAGGCAGGGCGGCCCACCGGGAGCGCAGCGCGUGUACAAGCAGUCGAUGGCCCAGCGCGCGCGCACCAUGGCCCUGUACAACCCCAUCCCGGUGCGACAGAACUGCUUGACAGUCAACCGCUCCCUGUUCAUCUUCAGCGAGGACAACUUUGUGAGAAAAUACGCCAAAAAGAUCACCGAGUGGCCUCCAUUUGAGUACAUGAUCCUGGCCACCAUCAUCGCUAACUGCAUUGUCCUGGCUCUGGAGCAACAUCUCCCUGAUGGUGACAAGACACCAAUGUCUGAGCGCCUGGAUGACACAGAACCUUAUUUCAUUGGCAUCUUCUGCUUUGAAUCUGGUAUUAAGAUUCUGGCUCUGGGAUUUGCCUUCCAUAAGGGCUCCUACCUCCGAAAUGGCUGGAACGUCAUGGACUUUGUGGUGGUUCUGACUGGAAUUCUAUCGACAGUGGGCUCAGACUUUGACCUGAGGACUCUGCGGGCCGUCAGAGUGCUGAGACCCUUGAAGCUGGUGUCUGGAAUUCCCAGCCUGCAGGUGGUGCUCAAAUCCAUCAUGAAGGCCAUGAUCCCUCUGCUGCAGAUUGGCCUGCUGCUCUUCUUCGCCAUUCUCAUGUUUGCCAUCAUCGGCCUUGAGUUCUACAUCGGCAAAUUUCACACUACCUGCUUUGAUGACAUCACUGGGGAAAUUCGGGAAGAGUUUCCAUGUGGAACGGAUCCCCCCUCUCGACUCUGUCCAAAUGGUACAACCUGUAAGAGAUACUGGCUUGGACCGAACUAUGGAAUCACGCAGUUUGACAACAUCCUGUUUGCUGUUCUCACCGUCUUCCAGUGCAUCACUAUGGAGGGCUGGACAGAUCUUCUGUACUAUAGUGAUGACGCCUCGGGUAGUGCAUGGAACUGGAUGUACUUUGUCCCCCUCAUCAUCAUCGGCUCCUUCUUCAUGCUCAACCUGGUACUCGGAGUGCUCUCUGGUGAGUUUGCUAAAGAGCGAGAGCGGGUGGAGAACCGCAGUGAGUUCCUGAAGCUGAGGCGACAGCAACAGAUUGAGAGAGAACUGAACGGAUAUCUGGAAUGGAUCUGCAAAGCAGAGGAAGUGAUUCUGGCUGAUGAGGACAAUGACGGUGAUGACCGGAUGCCCUUUGAUGGAUCACGGAGAAGACCAACACUGAAGAAGAGCAAAAAUGACCUGCUUAACCCAGACGAGGGAGACGGAGACCUUGCUUUAGGGUCUCCAUUUGCUCGCGCCAGCCUGAAGAGCUCCAAGCUCGAGGGCUCGUCCUUUCGAAAGAAGGAGCGACGGCUGCGUUUUUUUAUCCGUCAUGUUGUGAAAACGCAGGCUUUCUACUGGACUGUUCUAUGUUUAGUUGGUCUGAACACGCUGUGUGUGGCCGUGGUCCACUACGACCAGCCCGAGCUGCUGUCUGACUUCUUGUACUUUGCAGAGUUUAUAUUUCUGGGUAUUUUCAUGUCAGAGAUGUGUAUUAAGAUGUAUGGACUCGGGACUCGGCCAUAUUUUCACUCUUCCUUUAACUGCUUCGACUGCAUCGUCAUAUGUGGCAGUAUUUUUGAGGUGCUCUGGGCGAUGAUCCAGCCUGGGACAUCGUUUGGGAUUAGUGUAUUACGUGCUCUCAGGUUACUAAGGAUCUUCAAAGUGACCAAGUACUGGGCCUCCUUGAGGAAUCUGGUGGUGUCUCUGCUGAACUCCAUGAAGUCCAUCAUCAGCUUGCUCUUCCUCCUCUUCCUCUUCAUCGUGGUCUUUGCUUUGCUUGGCAUGCAGCUGUUUGGAGGACAGUUUAAUUUUGAAACAGGCACACCGCCAACAAACUUUGAUACAUUUCCUGCAGCAAUAAUGACCGUGUUUCAGAUUCUGACAGGUGAGGACUGGAACAUGGUGAUGUACGAUGGCAUUGAGUCUCAGGGAGGAGUCAACAAGGGCAUGGUGUUCUCCAUCUUCUUCAUUGUUCUCACACUCUUUGGCAACUAUACGUUGCUGAAUGUGUUCUUGGCCAUUGCUGUAGAUAAUCUGGCCAAUGCACAAGAGCUGACCAAGGAUGAGCAGGAGGAAGAGGAAGCAGCCAAUCAGAAAAUGGCUCUUCAGAAGGCAAAGGAAGUGGCGGAAGUGAGUCCACUGUCUGCUACCAAUCUGUCCAUUGCAGCUAAGGAGCAGCAGAAGAACCAUAAGGGUUCUAAGUCGGUGUGGGAACAGCGCACUAGCGAGCUCCGGAGGCAGACACUGAUGACCAGCAGGGAGGCACUGUACAAUGAGCUGGACCCUGAGGACCGCUGGAAGGUAUCAUACUCCCGCCACAUCCGACCUGAUAUGAAGACUCACCUGGACCGGCCGCUUGUGGUGGACCCUCAAGAAAACCGAAACAACAACACUAACAAGAACAGGCCAGGUGAGGAGCUUCUACACAAACGGCCUCUGUUCCAUUCUACAGUAGUAGGUGGGGGAAGAGGAGGAGGAUCUGCUCCAGCCCAGACUCUGGAGAGAGGAGAAUCCACAGAGUCUCACCAAAGCUGCAGGAAGGCUGAGAACCAGAGGCAUGCUGGCACAGAGGGCACUGAGGUGAGCACGAGGGAUCCACACCGGAAGAGAGAGCAUCGCGGGCAAAGAACUGGACGCUCUCACCAACACCGCAAGGUUGUGGAUGAAGAAGCUGAGAAUGGUGGAGGAGGCAGGAGGCACCGAAACAAGUGCAUAGAGGGGGGUGUGGAAGGCGAGCACGCAGACGGAGCUGAGAGGAGACAGAGGUGUCACCGACAUGGAGAGAAAGAAGGGCGGAGGGAAAGAGGAGAGCAGGGGGAGAGGGGCCGACACCGCAGGAAGGAGGGCCCUACUUUGUCCACCACUCGCCCCAUUCAGAAGACUUUGUCUAGGCAGGACAGCCAGUACAGUGAGGACCUGGACAAUGUGAUGAACAGUAAGCUUGCUACCCAGCCACUGGUUCCCUCAGAUCCCCGUGGGCCAAGCAGCCGCUCCACACUCCACUCCAGCCUCCUCAGCCUGGUCAGCAGCACCCACGGUUCCCGCCUGGCUCCCAUGGUCACAGAGAGCAGUUUUAUUCUCACCGACCCUGCCUCCACCAACAUUCAUCUGGAUGCUAAGCCAGACUACACAGCCAUAGACAUGCCACCCAUGUUCCCUUCUGCCAAUGCCAUUCUGCAAGUCAAUAAGAAUGCCAAUACAGAACCUCUGCCUAAGAAGGAAGAUACAAAAGGUGACGAUGAUGAUGAUGACAAAGAUGACGGAGGGCCUAAGCCUAUGCCCCCUUACAGCUCUAUGUUCAUCCUGUCCACUACUAACCCAUUUCGCAGGUUGUGUCACUAUAUCGUGACCCUGAGGUACUUUGAGAUGUGCAUCCUGCUGGUCAUUGCUAUGAGCAGUAUUGCUCUUGCUGCUGAAGACCCUGUGUGGCCCGAAUCCCCCCGGAACAAUGUUCUGCGUUAUUUUGACUACGUGUUCACAGGUGUGUUCACCUUUGAGAUGCUUAUAAAGAUGGUGGAUCUGGGUUUGGUACUUCAUCAGGGCUCAUAUUUCCGUGACCUGUGGAAUAUUCUGGACUUUAUAGUGGUCAGUGGUGCCCUGGUAGCCUUUGCCUUCACAGGAAGCAGUAAGGGGAAGGACAUCAGCACCAUCAAGUCCCUGCGUGUGUUAAGAGUCUUAAGACCACUGAAAACCAUCAAACGCCUGCCCAAGCUUAAGGCUGUGUUCGACUGCGUGGUGAACUCGCUGAAAAAUGUGCUGAACAUCCUCAUUGUCUACAUGCUCUUCAUGUUCAUCUUCGCUGUGGUGGCCGUGCAGCUCUUCAAGGGAAAAUUCUUCUACUGCACCGACGAGUCCAAGGAAUUUGAACGUGACUGCAGGGGUGAAUAUCUGGUGUAUGAGCGAGAUAAUGAAGUGAAGGCGCAGAAACGAGAAUGGAGGAAAUACGAUUUCCACUAUGACAAUGUGCUUUGGGCUUUGCUUACACUCUUCACUGUUUCCACGGGAGAAGGCUGGCCACAGGUUCUGAAACACUCCGUCGAUGCGACUUAUGAGAAUCAGGGUCCAAGUCCUGGUUACCGCAUGGAGAUGUCCAUCUUUUAUGUGGUCUAUUUCGUGGUCUUCCCCUUCUUUUUUGUCAACAUCUUUGUUGCCCUGAUCAUCAUUACCUUCCAGGAACAAGGGGACAAGAUGAUGGAGGACUACAGCCUGGAGAAGAAUGAGAGAGCCUGUAUUGACUUCGCCAUCAACGCCAGGCCUCUGACUCGCCACAUGCCACAGAACAAGCAGACGUUCCAGUACCGCAUGUGGGAGUUUGUGGUGUCGCCACCAUUUGAGUACACAAUCAUGGCCAUGAUCGCCCUCAACACCAUUGUGCUCAUGAUGAAGUAUGACGAAGCUACAGAUGCCUAUGAGAAAAUGUUAGCCAACCUGAACAUUGUGUUCACAUCAUUGUUCUCUUUAGAGUGUGUGUUAAAAAUCAUCGCCUUUGGUGCACUGAAUUAUUUUAAAGAUGCCUGGAACAUCUUUGACUGUGUAACGGUCCUCGGCAGCAUCACUGAUAUUUUAGUCACAGAGCUGGGGAAUAACUUCAUCAAUCUGAGUUUUCUGAGACUCUUCAGGGCUGCUCGUCUUAUUAAGCUCCUCAGGCAGGGUGAAACUAUUCGCAUCCUACUCUGGACUUUUGUUCAGUCUUUUAAGGCCUUGCCAUAUGUGUGCCUACUCAUUGCUAUGCUGUUCUUCAUCUAUGCCAUCAUUGGCAUGCAGCUGUUUGGGAACAUUGCAAUCGAGGAAGACCGAGACAGCUCCAUCAACCAGCAUAACAACUUCAGGACUUUUUUCCUGGCUCUUAUUCUCCUUUUCAGGAGUGCAACAGGAGAGGCAUGGCAUGAUAUCAUGCUGUCGUGUUUGGGAGGGAAGGUCUGUGAUCCCCUCUCUGGGAACUCGGAGCCAGAGUGUGGAAGCGAGUUUGCAUAUCUUUACUUUGUCUCCUUCAUCUUCCUCUGUUCCUUCCUGAUGUUGAAUCUCUUUGUGGCUGUUAUAAUGGAUAAUUUUGAGUACCUGACAAGAGACUCCUCAAUUCUGGGACCUCAUCACCUAGAUGAGUAUGUGAGGAUCUGGGCAGAAUACGACCCUGCAGCCUGCGGGCGCAUUCAUUAUAAGGAUAUGUACAGUUUAUUGCGAGUUAUCGACCCCCCACUGGGCUUAGGAAAGAAAUGCCCUCAUAGGGUGGCCUGCAAGAGACUCCUGCGAAUGGAUUUGCCGGUUGCAGAUGACAACACAGUGCACUUCAAUUCCACCCUCAUGGCCUUAAUCCGCACUGCUCUGGACAUCAAGAUCGCCAAGGGUGGGGAAGGGGGUGUUGAUAAGCACCAAAUGGAUGCUGAGCUGAGAAAAGAGAUGAUGGCAAUUUGGCCCAAUCUCUCACAGAAGACUCUAGACCUGCUGGUCACACCUCACAAGGCGACAGACCUGACAGUGGGGAAGAUUUAUGCAGCCAUGAUGAUUAUGGAGUAUUAUAGACAGAGCAAAGCCAAGCGCACUCAGGCUCUCCGGGAUGAACAGAAUCGAACGCCAUUAAUGUUUCAGCGCCUGGAGCCACCAUCACCGACGCAGAAUGCUGGUCAGGGACUCAAUGGCCUUUCUGAACCACAACCAGACCCUAACAACUUGGCUGUGGAUGGGGGAAUUCCGGAGAGCCAGUCAUGGGUCACAGCCAGAGCUCAGGAGAUGUCUCAGAAAGCAGGCAGCUGGAGCCCAGAAGGCCACCCAACAGAGGACAUGACCGAGAACCGGACCACAUCGCAGACGGUAGAGAUGAGAGAGAUGGGGCGGGACGGGUUCUCGGACACUGAGCCCUUCCUGCCAAUGGAAGGCCACAGCAGGGCAGCUUCCAUGCCUCGACUCCCAGCAGACAAUCAACAGCAGCCGCGGAGGAGAGGAAGGCAUCGAGGGAAUAACCUCAGUACUAUAACAGACAAUAGCCCUAUGAAGCGUUCAGCCUCGUCAGUUGGUCAUGGCCGUUUGGGUCGGGUGCCACGGGCUGAUGAUUAUGCCAUGGACCGAGUGAUGCAAGAGGAUGGACCAAGGCAUGGACACCGCCGCCGAGACCGCAGCCACCGAGCCUCUGAGAGAUCACUCAGCCGCUACACUGAUGCCGACACAGGUCUAGGCACGGAUCUGAGCACUACCACGCAGUCAGGCGACAUGCCACCCAAAGAGAAAGAACGUGGUCGUGCCAAAGAGCGGCGCCACCACCACCACCACCACCACCAUCACCAUCACAGCUCAGUGGAGAAGGAGCGCUACACACCUGAGAGAGAGCGAGGAGACUAUGGGCACCGGCAGCGUCGCUGGUCCCGGUCACCCAGUGAGGGCCGAGAGUGCCUUACUCACCGACAGGGCAGUAGUUCGGUGAGCGGCAGCCCCGUGCCCUCAACAUCUGGGACGAGCACGCCUCGGCGAGGUCGACGCCAACUGCCCCAGACACCUGCCACCCCACGCCCGCACGUCACCUACUCACCUGUGGUCCGUAAACCAGUUGGAACACCGCCUUCGGGUCCACAGAGCCGCCUACCCACCCCAACCCAGAGGCGCUUCUCUCCACCUGUGCCUGAACCACCUGUACCCCCGCAUCAUGGCUCUGGCCGCCGUGCCCGAUGGUGCCCAGGUUCGUCCGAAAGCGGACCAGGCGACGGCUUUUAUGAUUUUGAACGGUGCGAGCCACCUGCUUACGAGCCAAACCCAGGACAGGGCAACCCACACCCACAUAAUCCACCACCACACCCCCGUUCACCUAGGACUGCUCGCCCACCCGGUGCUCGUCGCAUGCCUAACGGGUACCGUUCCUCCUCACCUUCGCCACAGCGACACGCACCCCCUCACAGUGCACCUCACAAGCCUCCGCAUCCCAGAGGGCCCAGGAAAGGGCUGCAUGAACCCUACAGUGAGACAGAUGAGGAUGACUGGUGCUAGCCUCUGGGAGAGGGGAGGGAGGGAGCAAGGACACAAGAAAGGAAGAGUUGCUGGAAUGAGACACAGUCAGAGACUAGAUGUUUUGCAUCAGAAUUCAGUUUUGCCUUGAAUUCUGGAAGCCUCUGAAAAAAUUAGACAUCACUAGAGGCAAGAGAGAAGCAGUUCCCUGAGUCUCCUUGCCCUAGGGCUAACACCGGGAAGUAUAUUGGUGCUAGCCUUUGGGGAGAGGUGAGGGAGGUGGAGAGGAACAAAUGUUAGGGUUAGGGAACAUGCCAGCAGUUGCUGGAACAGGACCCAACUGCAGGCAAGAGUCACUUGCAGCAAAGGCAGUGACACCCCUACGUGUGCAUGUUCCAGAGAGAGCACAGCAAAAGUGUGAUUGGAGGCUCAGGGGAAUAUUGAGGCAUGCUUCCCUUCUUUUCAUUUAUGUUCCCUUUUUCUUUAUCUCUACUGCCUGCUUUUUUUCCUGCACAGGACUGGAUGACUUGUUAUGUGAUCAGAAAAAGGAGGUGGGUUGGGGUGGGGGAUAAGAAAAUCUGAAAAAUGAUAAAUAACUCUUUAUAAGGGAAGUGAACAUGCAGAAUGCUAUUGUUGACAGGAGGAGUGUCUGCUUUUUUGGAUAUGUUGUGUAUCUUCUGCAGACAAACUGACAAAAGCCACAACUGUGGUGAAAAACCUCAGAACAGUUGAUAAGUUCACAAUCUAAACAUGGAGAUUCACCACUCCCUUUACUCAACUUGACUGGAGCACCGUCUAUUGCAAAAAUCCACCCACAUGUUGGGUAAUAUUGAUGAGUUUUAUCAUCUGUGUUUACUGUUAAUAAUUAUUUCUGUGAGGGUGAGAAGGCCACUGGCCCUGUGUGUGUGUGUGUGUGUGUGUGUGUGUGUGUGUGUGUGUGUGUGUGUGUGUGUGUGUGUGGGUGGGUGUGUGUGUGUGUGAAAGAGAGAGAGAGAGAGAGAGAGAGAGAGAGACAGAGAGAGGGUGGGUUUUGCUUAUAUGGUAGGUUUGGGCUGGGGCACACACACCCUGACUGUAUUUGGGAAUCCAGGCCCUCACAGCUCCUGACCCUUAAAACUUGAGAGAGAAGAAACACAAAUGAAAAGAGGGGAUGAAAAAAAAAUGAACCAGUCUUCACUCUUCCUUCUUCUAUGGCUUCUCCUUUUUCCUCUUCUUCCUCUUCUUCUUCUUCUUCUUCUUCUUCUUCUGCUUCUUGUUAGAGACAUUGAAGCUUGAUUCUUCUGUUGCACUGCUCAGCUUUGUUUGAACUCCUAGAAUAAAAAAAAUCCCUUGCAUGAUUGAAGCAACAACAAAAAAAAUAACAAAGAAACUUUGAAUGAAUUGGGGUGGGGUGAAUUUUCUUGGUCUUUUCAUUAUGUCUGUAAAGUUCUCUCUCCUGUCCCUGGCUUCUGCCCUUCACACCUCUCUGAAAUUGCCCCUCGCACUUUUAGGGAUGGCACAAAGGGGACAAGAGGCCAACACUCCCCAUUUUUAAAUCUUCUGCCUGCUUACUACAGUAAAGUGGGAUAGAGUCCCACUUUUGUAACUUAUUUAUUGCCAUAUGGCCAAUGCUGCUACUAAAAGGAUUACGAUCAUGAUAAAAACACAUUAAGAUUGGUAGAUUAUUAUUGAAUCAAAAGUUUGAACAAUUAUUUUGGAGAUAAAAAGCAUUUUGUAACAUUAUUUGCAUUCAUCUCACAAUUUAUUCAUAAUUUGCUCAUUUGCACAAAAUAUCAUACAUUUAAGCGCACACACACACACACACACACACACACACACACACACACACACACACACACACAGCCUGUUUAUACAUAUGGACUCUUUUCCCCUUACUCUAGUCUUCCAGGGUGUGAUGGAGUGAGAAGGGAGUGGAGGAGGUGAUGAGAGAGAGAACCUUUUCAUCUUUCUAUUAGAUUUGUUAUUGAUGAUGAUACCUCCAGAAGAAAAGAUGACGAUGCUGAUGAUGAUGAUAAUGAUAAUCAUGAUGAUGAUGACUUUGAUUUUGUUUUUGACUCAGCUGUGCUCUUUGUAUUGCCAUAUUUGUUUCGGUGUGGUUCUGUUCAUGUGGUAUGUGGAGCUCUGUAAAAGUGAUGCAUUCUGGGCCAUGAUUGUCUCACCUUUGACCUCCAGCUAACCUAGUCUUCAUUAGUAUUUUUAAUGCACACAUGUCCCUUACUCAUCAAAAGUAAAAACACAUACUGUCGUAUAUGUAAAAAACUGCUAUUUUCCUAGAAUGUCAAAUUAUUAGGUAUAAAGCAUAAUAUAUGUAUAUUGUGAAUUAAUACAGGUGUACAUAAUUAAGAUUUAAUUAACCUGAGCUCAAAUCUACAGGAAUAUCUUAUUUUUUAUGAUUCCAAUCAUUCAAAAAUUGCAUAUCCUAAAUAUAUAUCAUCAUAGCUGAUGAUAGCAGAGAACAUGUUAAUGGACCACACGUGUAAAACCUGAGACUAACACAAAAUGGAAAAGCCCCAGUGUGCACUGUUGCAUUCAGGAGUAAUGUUUGCCUUUUUACAUAAAUGAAAUCAGUUUAAUCAUUUAAAUUUACUCUCCAAUUUCAAGUAUGUCCAUUAGGGAUGCUAUGUGUUAGAAUAUUGUGAUGUGGCUGUAUGUUUGAGAAAGGAACAGAGCUCCACUACCUCCACUGGACUAGUAGAUGGCACUGUGCCCCACAGCACGAGUCGGCAGACCUGACUCAUUUUCACACUUUUUGUGUUCCAUAUUUCUGUCAAUCUUCUGUACAUGUGGAUUUAGGAUUUACGUGGUGCACCAUUCUGUGUUCAGGACAUGUGACACAGCCAAUCAGACUGCACAGGAACACAGGAACAUGUAACACAGCCAAUCAGAUUGCAUGGGUUGAAACAUUGACCGGGCCUUUUCUGCCAAAACCUCUGUCUCUUGUGUCCCACUGAUCUUUGUGUCCCUGAGGCCCAAAUGUAAUCAGUACUUCCCAGUUAUUCUCAACACCUGAUUUUAGUUGUAAAAAUUCACUGCCAAAACUCGUUCUGAAGCACACAGGCAUCAUUAUAUAUGUAGCAUUUAAUAAUAACAUGCAUAGCACAUUGUGUGAGUGUGUGUGUCUGAGCAAGAGAGAGCAAGAAAGAACUUAAUCCUUUAUUUUUACACAGAACUUGUGUGUGUGU